GUGCUCUUUUUUAAAACAAAGCAGGGUUUCGUUGAAUUUCGCGCGUUUGGUAGUGGAUACUGGAUGCUCGCUAUUUUGUUUUUGUGCAGAAUUGGAUCAGAGAAUUUAUUUUCUUUAUCCGGCUACUGUUUCCACAUGACGUGUAAGGGAAAAGACUGCGUGCUAAUUAGCGCAGGGUAGAACUGCAGGGUUUUAGUGAUGUAUUUCUCCCAACGUUUCUUCCUACAAGCUCUUUUUUCCUUCACAUUGCCUUUCCACCCCUCUGCCUCAGCCAUCCAAGUCAAUGGUCGGAUCGCCAAUGUUACAGUAGGCGAGGACACUAUAUUGUUCUGCCAGCUGAUUGGAACAACUGAAAGACUAUUACGGAUUACAUGGCAAAGAAGGACACAAACAGGUUCCACAAAUGAGAAUAUUUUUGUCAUCAUCCCAGACGGUAAAGCAGAAAGUGUAAACGGAUUUGGAGACAGAAUAGAAUUUGUUGGAAACACAAAAGAAUAUAAUGGCACAGUUUGUAUGAAGAACGUCACAUCAUUAGACCAUCAAAUCUACACAUGCAUCUUCAACAUCUUCCCAAGUGGGCCUUUUGAAAAAGAAAUAAAUCUUAAUGUAUACGUUCCUCCUGAGGUCAGUGUGUUUCCUGGUGUUACUCCUGUUGUUGGUGAUUCUGAAGUGAUCCUAGUUUCCUGCAUUGCAAGAUCUCGACCUGCAUCAGAAGUGACCUGGAAUCUGGGUGAUCUCAAUAGCCCUGUGAGGAUAAAGACUGACGUGUCUGCAGGACCUAACGAUUACUACACCGUCAGAAGCCGCCUGAUCGGUGUACCAUCCAAAGAGCUAAACGAGCAGAACGUCCAGUGUGUGGUCAAUCACAUCAGUCUGAAAAAGGAGGUUGUUCUAAACUAUGCACUCGUCAUUCAUUAUCCUCCUCAGACUGUGUAUAUUACUUCAGUUAAUCCUCCCACAACGCAUCAAGAAUUUAUUUGUGUAGCCGAUGCCAAUCCAAAACCAACGCUCUACAUCUGGAGCAGGGUGAACAAGACUCUUACUGGCACAGUGGAUUUUGAUAGACUGGAAAUUCCGCUGAGCUCUGACAGCAGCGGCAUGUAUAAGUGUAACGCUUCAAACCAGUAUGGAAAUGGAGUCGGUACUAUGUACCUUCCGAUGUCCCACAUUUCACCAGACUGUACCACCUGUUGGACUUCUUUCAUCAUUUUCAUCUUUGUAUCUGCUGCUGCUUUUUUAAUAUGGAAAUGUAUCUCAUCUGAAACAUGCACCAGACAUAUUUCAGAUCUGAGAGAAAGAACUUUGCAUACUUUGCAUGAUCGUGUGCCUCCUGAUUUACCUACAAGCAACAGAGAACUAAACCACACUGACAGCGGUGAAAACGGAAGAGCAGAAUAGGAGUGAAGAAGUUCUGGGAACAAUAUCUGGGAAAAUCAUUGGAAAGCUGUGGAACACCCACACUUUAAUGGAGAGAUUAGACAAGCAGAUGCAGGAGAACGUUAUGAACCAAAGUCAUAUUAGGGGACGUCUGAUUAAAAGAUCCGCCACAUCAUCAUAAUUUUUUAUCUCAGAACACUGCAGAGAACCUCACCUCCAUAGCCAAGAGCUCUACAGUGUUUCUACUACUUCCUGCGAGGACUGAGGAAAGCACAUCUUCAACCUCCCAUCCUUACGUUCUACAGAGGGGACUGUAGAAAGCAUCUUGAACACCUCCAUUACUGUCUGGUUUGGAAACUGCAACAUCUCUGAUCACAAGACCCUGCAGGGAAUAGUGAGGACUGCCAAGAUCAUCGGAGGCUUUCUCCCCUCCAUCACAGACAUCUACACCACAUGCUGCAUCCACAAAGCCACCAGCAUUGUAGAUUGUCCUUUCAUACAGACUCUUCUCAGUAAUGCUGUCUGGCAGAAGAUAUCGGAUCAUCAAAGCCACCACUGACGAGACUCUGCAACAGCUUCAUGCACCAGGCCAUCAGACUCCUCAACACACAGAGACUGAGCUAAAUCGCUCCUCCCUCCUUACACACACUUAGCACAUAGAGACUGAAGCAAAAAAAAACAACUAACCCCUCACACACACACACAGGAACUUUUGCACUAUUUUUAUACAGGAGUUUCAGUGAAGUUUCUCCAGUGCUGCUGCUAAACACGCUAAAACAUUGGAUAUCUAAGCUUACUGUAAAUAAACUGAAGUGCUUUACUCACCCAAAUAAACAUUUUUUUUAGAAAUCUGUGUAGAUGAACAUCCAAACA